GGAACAGGGAAAAUUAUUAAAUCAUUGUUAUACUGACCAUAUAAUUUCGUUGAAUGAAAAUUUACUAGAAUACCAAUGUCACUGGAAUUCCUGUAAAGGUGCAGGUUUUAAAAAUAAGGUGGGAUUAUUCUAUCAUCUUAGAGACACACAUCUAUCAUUUAGAUUGCUUGAACAGAAAUCCAAUUCCAUACAACAAACAGCUGAUCAAGCAUCAAAAGAGGGAUUAAUUCAACAACAAACCAUAUAUUCUAAUUCAUUGAACACUUCUAAACAUACUGAACCUUUAACGAAUUCUGAGAAAAUAUGGCAUCAAAAUGAUGACAGAAUCCGUAUGACAAAUGUUUUGAAACGAAAAUAUGCAGAAAAAAACCUGACAUUGUCAUCAAAAAUUGCUUUACCUAAAGAGGACCAAAUAAUUAUAAUAGAUGAUGAUGAGGAAGAGGAAGUUAAUAAUAAACUAGUAAAAUCAAAUGACAGUUUAUUGACUCCUUUUACCAGUACUUGUUCUUUUUCUACUGCUGCAACCAUUAAAAAUCCUGUAAUUAAUUCAAAUAAUCUUACAUAUACAGCUACUGGAUCUUCUUCAAAACAGAAUAACAAUGCAGUAAACAUUGAUAAAUCUCAAACUGACACUCAACAAAGCCAUCCCAAAAAAUUAACAUCACCACAAUUACCUAAUAAUAAUCAAUUAGUUGGAAACAAUCAUUCAAGUCAAGUAGCCAUCAAUAGGAUAUAUUCAAAUGCAAACGAUAUUUUACAUAAGAACAAUUCUCAUCAAUCACUGCGGAUUCUUCCACAGCAGAUAAUAUAUAAUAAAAAUGAUAAUAAAAACAAUUCUCUAGUUAUUAAUAUUGCUGCUACACCACCAUUAUCUUCUUCUUCAUUACAAAGCUCUUCAAUUGAUUCUCAAAGUUCGCAAUCUAUUCAGUUUCAAACAAAAAAUCAAUUGUCUCAAAAUAAGCAGCAAUCUAUUCCAAAUAUUAAUUCUAGCUUACAAACUAUUGCUGAAAAAAAUGUACAAGAAUCUUUUCACUCAGAAAAAUCAACAUCCUCAUUGUCUACGAAUAAAAGAUCUGAUGAUAAGCUAAGAAGUGCUUGGGCAGAUUUAUUAGCCAAUAAAGCAAAAUUGCGUGGCGAGGCAGAUGCUGAGGAGACUAACAAUGAAACUUAUCUGACAAGAACUCGAAAGAAGUUAAACGCAAAACAAAAAGCAAAUAAUAAUAAUUUAAACGAAUUCAAUAUAAUUACGAAGGGAUUAGUUUGUGAAUGGGAAUCCUGUAAUAAAGUUUAUAGAACACGUAACCACUUGAAAGCUCACAUGAUUGCGAUGCAUUUAGGUGAUGUAUUAGAUGUUAAAAUUAAGAAAUAA